AUCGUUGACACGUCGAGCGGAAAGAGUGCGGCGCGAAAGAAAGAGAUCGAGAGAAAGAAAAAUAAAGAAAGAGAGAGAGAGAGAGAGAGAGAGACACGAUAGCGCGAUCUCGCGCUCGCUCAUCAAUCGACACUCCUGUAAUUAUCCGUGUGCGAAUAAAUUAAUCUUCAGUUCGAUUACGGUGUCCGUCCGUGGAGAACUUCCGGUCCGCGAACGUUUUGAAGCGGCCUCGUGAAACGUGGGUAAUUAGUGGCGCGGUUGACUUCUCGUUCUUGUAUAUUUUCGAUGAUCCAUCGGUGAUCGAUCAUACGGCGAUAGAUCAUCCGAAGGAUCAUCCGCGUGGUGAACGUUGAUCCGUGAGUGAUUUUUGGUGAAAUCUCGUGUGCCUAUCCCGAGGGAGCAGCGACGAGGGACGAUGCUGGCAUUCCUGUUCGCCGCGGCGCUCGCCGUCGCGAAGAUUCACGCUAGCCAGGUGACGAUGGACGCCAAGAUACGUGACGACUCCGACUUGUCCCAGUUUUACCAGCUCCUGGAAGCUAGUCAAGUGGCCAAUACUACCCUCACGUACCGCCACGUGACCGUGUUUGCGCCCACUAACCGAGCGUUCCAGAAAUACAAUGGGAGCACGAAGAAUUUGGUUUUGUAUCAUAUGUCGAACCGGCCUUUGACAAUCGAGGAGCUGAGGGAUUAUAUAUCUUCCGAGUUGGAGGGCAACCCACCCCUGUGGAUCACCAGGAGACCAGGCAGAUACGGCGUGGACGUUUACAUUAACAACGCAAUGAUCCUCUUGGAGCAGAGCAAUUUCCAGUCGAAAUUGAAAGUUAACGGCGACACCAUGACUCAGGUCUUGCACAUCAUAAACGAAGUGUUGGAACCUGUGCGAUCCAAUUCGAUGGAAUCACCGGUCUACAACCCAAACGCUUUUCAAUUUCUGAACCAGAGCGAGAAUCUCAAUUUGGGCGACCAUCGCGUACGUACUUUCCGACAGCAGAUCGUCAUCGAGAAGAAGGAAUCUAUCUACAAGGCUGAAGGCCGUUUUACUUUCUUCAUUCCCGUUGACGAGGGUUUCAAGCCGGUGCCGAGGCCACGAUUGAUUGAUAGGCUGGUGAUCGACGGGCACGUGAUACCCAACGAGGUCCUCUUCACCGCACCGACGUCAGACAAUGCGCAGUAUCCAACUCUCGUAUUCUCCGAUAAUCUGAAAGUUGUCAUCAGCUUUUCGAAGUCACAAAAUAAAGUCUACGUUCAAUCGAACACACUGGUAGGCGAUGCGACUCACACGGACGGAGUGGUGCUGGCGGAAAUAGUGAAGGGGAACAUUCCGGUGCGCAACGGCGUCGUUCAUCUGAUAGCACGACCACUCAUGGUCGUCGACAACACCGUGCGGGAUUUCCUAGAGUCCUUCAAGGGCAUCGAAAAGGAGGAUGGACCGGUGUACAAGUUUUACGAGACUAUCCGCGAUUUCGGGGACGACAUUAUGGCAACCAUCAGUCAUCUGCAUGACGUCACUCUCUUCGCGCCCAGCAACGAAGCGCUGAACGAGCCGAACGUGAAGCAGAUGCUGCAGGACAAGAACCGCAUGAAGGAAAUCCUCAAACUCCACUAUGUCAAGGAGCGACUAACUCUCGACAAGAUCAAGGACAAGAGCGUCAGUCAAAAAGCAAGAGACUUCGUCGGGAAGUCACAAGUCGGGGUGGCGACUGCUGCUGAAAAGAAGAAGCUCUACUUCAAUGUGGUGCAGGGACCGAUGGAGAAUCAGACCGUCACUGUGGAAGGCGGUGGAGUGAACGCGACCAUCAUCACCGCCAACAUCGCCGCCACCAACGGGAUUAUCCACAUAAUCGACAGGCUUCUCGGGGUGCCCUAUACCACCGUGCUCGACAAACUCAGGACUGAUCCGAUGCUCAACUCGACCUAUUCGCUGGGUCAGCGACGUGGAUUUAAUGAUCAGUUGAAUGAUACGAAGAAGCGAUUCACGUACUUCGCCCCGUACGAUUACGCCUGGAAAGACGCAGCGAAUAACUAUCCAUCAACUACUAAGAAGCUCUUCAUGACCGAGUUCAGUUAUCACACGAAGCAGAUAUUGGAGCGACAUCUCAUAAUAGCGGAUCAGGCGUACACGAUGGCGAAGCUGAAAGAAAUGAGCAACGAUACUCUCUACCUCCCAGCGGCCAGGGACAUUUUAAAGCUUCGUAUCAAGGAGCACAGCGAAAAUGAGAGGUACGACGAAAACGCAAUCCGUCCAGAAACAUCCGGCUACCAAGUGGAAUGGGAGGGCAAGAAGAUCCGCGUCAUCCGUCCGGACGUCGAGUGCACCAACGGCAUCAUCCACGUGAUCGGCUCUGUGUUCCUCAAAGAUAGCGACGUCCGAGUGACGGGCGGCGCGUCGCUGGCCACCCUGGCGCCCCAUCUAAUCAUGAUACUGAUAGCCAAGUGGCACCUGUAAAAGCCCUCAUCGCGUCGCAUCGUCUCGUAUCUGCGGCAGGUGCGUCUAUAGGAAUUCUCCUUGGGGGCCGUCUCCUAUCGUCCUCGAGCGGCGGCGACAACGACGACGCAACGCGGGUAGGCAUGGUCGAUCGAUCCGUUCGAUCGGACUCCGAAAGGACAUUUAUUGUGCACGGGGAAAUGAAGGAGAAAGGGGAGGGUGGAAAACUUGAGAAUCCGAAGAUCCGGUGGUGACCGAGAAUCCGCGAGAUCAAAGAUCCAUGGGACUUAAACGAUCUGAGGAUCGACGGGGAUUCGCGGGAUCCGAAGAUCCAAGGAUUCGUUCACGUGGCUCUAACAAGAUCGCCAAUCUGCAAACGUGAAAGGGAGAAUGGAGAGGGGGGGGGGGGAAGAAGGGCAGGAAGAAAAGUGUCCGAUCGGUUACUUUAUAGCAAUCGUACGGAGGCACGAGGAAGCUCUCGCCGAGGGAACAACGCGAGGACGACCGAGCACUCACGAUCGCACGGCCUCAGAAUGCCAGGAUAGCCUAUUAUUUAUUGAGUAAUCGUCCGAGGACGUAGCGGGACAAUUUUACGGGUUAGAAGCGUUAAUCGUACCAAAUAAAUGGUUAAUCUCGUACCAAGUAAUCUAAAUAAAUUUAUUGAGAGAUGGAGGGGCGUGAAGAGAGACGGAGGAGAGGUAGAGAUUUCGAGGAACCUACUUCGAGUUAAUAUUAAGGCAACGGUGAAAUUGCAUUCUGUGAGAUCAUGCGACUGUCAGCGAACGACGCAAAUAUGCAAAUAAAAUCGCGUUUUAAUCGAUCGUUCUUUCCAUUAUUAUCUAAGCAAUCGUAUUGACAAGAAAUUAUUUGAUUUUGUGUCUCAACCGAGAAAAAAAUUGUGACUUUACAGUUGGUGAAUAAGAUGAUCGGUAAUUAUGUAUUUAAUUGCAUAUUUCACGCGCCGUUCUGUAGAAUUAAUAGGAACUUAAUGACGUAUCAAAACGUUUCCACAUGACCCUUAGAACAAGACUUCGCCAUUCCCUCGCGGAAUUACGAUUUUAUACAAUCGUAAACAUAAAGUCCAAAAUCCUUUCCCUCCAAAGCGACGACGAUAAUAAAACUAGACGCAAUGCUGAUCACCCCGUUUCAAUCAACGACAGUAAUAAUGUCGAGACGCAAUAUCGAUCAUUUCGAAUAAGUAAGCAAUUUCGGAAUAAAGGAAUCCAUCCCGAAUCUUAUCAUUUCGAAAUUCAUCGAUUUCAGGGUCUUAUGUAUUCUUUUUCCAUGGAUCCUUUCAGA